AUUCGAUUAAUUUUAGGUCGUUUCCAAUUGUUCAUGCAUCAAUACACACACAAUACCUUGAAAGCGUCGCGAACCGCAUAUACAUAACGAACCUCAACCGCGCGCUAUAGCCCUCUCCAAUUACAGAAGGCCUUCUGCAAUCGCUCUCUCUCCAGUUCAAGCAAGAUGACGUCGACAAUCGGUAUUCCCAUCAAGCUUCUCAACGAAGCGCAAGGUCAUAUCGUGACCUUGGAGAUUACCUCGGGCCAGACGUAUCGCGGCAAGCUACUUGAAGCCGAGGACAACAUGAACGUACAGCUCAAGGACAUCACAGUCACGGCGCGCGACGGACGAGUAAGCCACUUGGAUCAGGUGUAUAUCCGCGGCAGCCACGUGCGAUUCUUUAUCGUGCCCGACAUGUUGAAGUAUGCAUCACGCAUUUUUGGGAAGAAGCACCUUAAAUACUAACGUCUACCAUAGAAAUGCCCCUAUGUUUCGAAGUCGCAACGCGAGAGGUCGUGGUGUCGGUCUAGCCAGAGGACGAGCGACUGUUAGUAGAGCGAGAGCGAG